AUGCAGCUCUCCAUCAUCUCCGCCACCUUCUUCCUCGCCACCGCCGCGGUCGCCGCCACCGCCAGCACCCCCAGCGCCGCUGACGUGUCCGCCCGCGACCUCAGCAACCUGGAUAUCGAUUCCACCAACGUCGACGAGGUCCUCGCCCGCAUCGGGGAGCUCAACCCCGAGGACGCCGAGGCCAUUCUCUUGGCUCUCGAUUUCCUCGACGACGAGUCCGACUCCGCUGAGGCGGGAGCCGAGGAUGCGGGUGUCAACGGCCCCGUGCGCCGCGCCCCCGUCGAGCGUCGAUGGGGCGCCACCUUUCAGCUUCUCAUGAGGCUUGGCAAGAAGCUCCGCGGAUAA